AUGCUUAUACCGACUUGUUUAAUAAAGUUUAUGGAAUUAACAUUAACAAUAGCCUGCCUCACAUUACAUAACUACAGCUACGACUUGACAGACCUGCCGACAUUUAUGCUGUGUUCAGGAACGUAUGUGGGAUUCAUCAUAGUCCUCUCAGGAGAAAUUAUUGGAGAAAUGAUAUUCGCGCCAUUAGACCUUGUACAAGACAUGUAUUUCGGGAUCCUCGGAGUGGGUUUGUUUCUAACAAGCGGGAGUAUGGUGCUUUCGGGAAGGACAAGAAAGUCCCCGUGUCCCAGGACGGGAGACCACCUGGGAGCCAUGGUGUGUGGGUCCGUGUCGGUCGCCACGGGAAUCAUCAUGUUCUUCGACCUGAGUUUGGCGUAUCUGGACUCGGAAGAGUUUGAUGAGGAAGCGCCGAGAGAAGCAGUUUCAGCGGCAGCGGACCCGUACGUAAGCUCUUGGUGGGCGGCGUUCGGCGCCGUGCUGUUCGGCGCAUGCGGCGCUCUCACCCUCCUCUCCUGGAAAGACGUCCCCCCCUCAGACAGAUACUUUUACGCCCACGCCUGCGCUGUGUGUGCACUAGCCGCUUCUGCAGUAUUCUGUAUAGAUUCCCUAAUAUCUCUUUGUAACGCUCGCAAGUAUUCAAGUGACAGCGAAAAGCCGGAGCCCUGUGGCGGUCGAAUGUACCAGUAA